AGCAAAGCUUGCGUUGACAUCCUAUUGUUGUUUUGCAAAAGCAGAACCAGAGCUGCAACAAGACCAAUUUCCGUGGAAUUUUCUCAUUGCAGCUUUUCUUCAAGUGUUAAGUGUAUACACAUCUACAGCAUUGUCUCCAUCCAAACAGCUGCAGCAUAGGAUUGACUUGUGCCUUUUUGGAACAAAACAAUUGCCAUCGUAAGGGGCCACAGCCUCAGAGCCGGCCACAUAUGCCGAGCAGGUCACAGUCGCCAAGAAGGAGGUCUACAUCGCCUCCAAGGAAGCGGCGAAGCUCUCCUGACUAUGGCCAUCCAGAUGACCGCCGACGAGAUUUAGGGAGAGAUGACCGCGACCAUGACCGCGACCGGGACCGUGGCCGCGGGGAGGACCGCGACCGGGGCCGUGAGCGUGAUCAGGAGCGAGAUCGCUCCCGGGGCCGGGACCGGGUCGUGGAUUAUAGCCGCGACCCAGACCGCAGCCAUCGGGGCGAUAGGGAUGUUCCCGGGCCCAGCGGACGGACAGACUACGACCGGCGCCCAGACAACCGGGACUCCCGCCGCUCCCCCAGCCCCCGCCGACAACGUUCCCGCAGCCCUCCUUCCCCACGUGCGCAGCGCAUGCCCCCUCCGCCACCACGGUUCAAUGGCAACGGACCAGGGACUUGGGAGCCGCCGCAUGGCGGGCGGCCGCCUCCACCUCCCUUCUUCAACGACGGCGGUUGUGACGGUGGUUCCCUGCCUGCGGCAUUUGGGCGCGGCGCGGGUCCAGGCCCAAUGGAUGGAGACGUGAGCGACGAGGACAUCCGAGCAAAGGCCAUGGGGAACUUCCAGGAGUAUCGCCGUCUGAAGCGCAUCAAGAUGGCUGAGCGGAACGUGAAGCCUUUCUGGCGCACCACUCCCAGCCCGCCUGCAGGGUCGGACUUCAAGAUGGAAAUUCCGAAGGACUACGUGUUGCUUCUGGGUGCUGCCGCGGUGGGCGCGAAGGAGGCACCCAAGGCCAAACGCGGUCGCUCCCCAAGCCCUGCGGCCCGCACGCAGCAGCCUGGAGGCGCUGCCGGCGCCCCGGGCUCCGGGCGGGCAGCCUCCAUUGAGCCGCCCUCGAACAAGGAGCUGCUGGUUAUCGAUGAGGAGGAGGCGGACCUGUUCAAGGCUUGGCUGUCAGCGCAGCACGCGGCCGCAGCGGAGGCGGAGCGGCUGAGAAGGGAAGCGCUGGCGGCGGAGGGUGGUGCGGUGGACGACGAGGACGUGGGGCCGCAGCUGCCGGACACGCACCGCGCGGCGGCGGCAGGCGGCAACUUUGGCGGCUUCCUACGACCUGGCGAGGGCGAGCGUAUGGCGGCCUACGUGGCUAGCGGCAAGCGUAUUCCCCGCCGUGGUGAGGUGGGCUUGAGCUCGGAGCAGAUUGAGAAGUUUGAGGGCCUGGGCUACAUCAUGUCAGGCAGCCGCCACAGCCGCAUGAACGCCAUCCGCAUGCGCAAGGAGAACCAGAUCUACACGGCGGAGGAGAAGGCUGCGCUGGCUAUGUUCAACUACGAGGAGAACAAGCGCAAGGAGGCCAAGGUGCUGGAGGACAUGAAGGCGCUGGUAUCGCGCACACUGGCGGUGCAUGGACAAGGGGAGGGAGAAGAAGGCCCGCCGGCACCGGUUGGUUAAUGCAUGAAAGUAGAAAUGCUAGUGGAUCGUUGUUGGGGUGACGCCGAAAAAGACUUUGUAACAGGCUUGUGCUGUAACGUUUCUAAAUGCCGCCGAGAGCUGUCCUAGCUGUUCUACUGCGACUACUUCAAUACUGGUAUUUCUGGUAGGUACAAGAAGCCGGGACAUAUGGUAAGCCUGCUACUCAUGUGUUGAUAUGGGUGCAGCACACUUAUCAUGCUGCAGUUGGAGCAGGGGCAGAACGAUAAGUGUAA